AUGGCUGCAGGUACUGUGCAAGAUAAUGAGAAGUCCUGUCCUCCAGGAGCUGUCAUUUCUGAAAGAAAGCUGGGCUGCUGCCGGAAAGAAGCAGUUGCAGAGAGAAGAAUGGCUGCUGCUAGGGAAAGGCUGCAGGAAUUGCUAAGGGACAUCACCUGUGCUGUCUGUCAGAGCUACUUCUCUGAGCCAGUCACCAUUGAGUGUGGGCACAGCUUUUGCCGAGCAUGUCUCUCCUUGAGCUGGAGAGUUGGAACUACCAACUUCUCUUGUCCUGAAUGCAGGCAAGUGCCCCAAGUCAGAGAAUUGCCAGCAGUCAACAGGCACCUAGCACAGCUGACUGAGGUGGGCAAAGAGCUCACCUGCCAGCUUUUCCAUAGUGCUGAAGGGCAGCACCAGUGUGCCACUCACAAGAAAGUCUUCAAGCUUUUUUGUGAAAAUGACCAGAUAGCAGUCUGUAUGAGAUGUUCCCAAAGCCCAGAGCAUGGGGCUCACAUGCUCUCUCCUGUAGAAGAGGCUGCUCCCAGAUUCAGGGAGAAGCUCCAGCACACCCUGAGUCAGGUGGAGAAGCAUUUGGAGGAAGCUGAGAAACUUCUUGCCCAGGAGGAAGAACCUGCUGUUGACUGGCUUAGCAUGAUCACAGGAGAAUACUGCCAACUGCAUGAUUUCUUCCUUGAGGAAGAAUCCCGAUAUCUUGAAAGGAUAAAGCAAGAGGAAAGGACUAGCUUUGACAGAAUCUCUCACCAUAGACAAAGGCUUCAGGACAUCAUAUAUGAUCUGCAGGAAGCGGGCCAACGACCCAAUGUGGACCUGCUACAAGAUGCCAAGCAGCUGCUGGCAAGGAGUGAGUCAGUGUUGUCGCAAAGGUCCAAGGCUGUCAUCCCAGAACUGAGAGAAUGUCCCAUCCCUGGACUGAUAGAGAUGCUGAGACGAUUCACAGUGGACAUCACAGUGAAUCCUACAUCAGCCAGUCCCUUUGUGACUGUUUCUGAGGAUAAGAAGAGUGUGAAGGCUUCAGAUGCCUGGCAGGUGGGGACCAAGCAUCCUGAGUUCUCUCCUGGCCAUUAUGUCUUUGCAGAGCAGGCCUUCAGCUCAGGCAGACAGUACUGGGAGGUGGACGUAAGUCAACUACCUCAGUGGGCACUAGGGGUCAUUGCCUUACAGUUGAGGAGGAGGGACGGGAAUGUGGACUACAUUGCCUCUGUGUUCCUGCUGCAAUGUGCCAAGAAAGAAGAUGAUUACUAUUUGCAGACCUAUCCAAUAUCAUUGAAGCAUCGAGUGAAAGGUCCUGUGCCCAGGGAACAAAGCCUGGUCCCAUGA